AUGAGCACCUCAGACCGCAAGACUAAAACUACAGACAACCUAAAUUAUAUUCUUGCGCGCCGAACGUUUGCUGACGUCUGGUUAGCUCUAUCUGUCGAUCUACACCUUACUAUAAAGCACGUCGCCGCCGCUGGGAAACGGAUCUUCGCACAGUUGUCUCAAAAAUUCGGCGGGAACUGGCUUACGGAACCAAUCGACCUCAUAUGGGCUAGAGGCCUAUGUAAUGCCUACAAUAUCCCACUCAAGAGUUCCGUGAACCUCCGCCCAGACCAGAUCUCCACAGAAAAACUUCCUUGCUUUCAGCCAACUGAAGAAGAAAUUAGCGAACUUCGGCGCUUUCUCGCGGAUUUCCUAAGCGAAUCUAUCGACAACUACUCUAUUACGUCGCAGAAAUACGAUGAUGCCCAUAUGCAGCGGUUUGGAAUCGAAAAAGCUACGAUAACUAUCAAAAACUUUCUUAUGGCCGACACAUACUACCCUCGGAAAUUCGGGCUCCUCAAAAUUUUCAACCCUGGGGAUCAUGUUUCCUGUUUCGAAUUCAUCUUCCAAUUAGCUAUUCAUAACCCUUUUAUACAUAGCCGAAACCCACCUUUUUUAAAUAUCCUCAGAGAAUUACCGCCGAAGCAUUCUAUUGAAGGAAGAUUACUCGAGCACCCCCAGGCUCCAUCGAUUUGGCAGACACAUACUAGAGUGGCUAAAGAGCUCACUAUUCCUAUCGACACCAUGCAACCCGAGCCACUAAUAUCCCGCAACAUAUCUGAAAGUCCGCGGAGCGGCCAAUCUACAGACCAUUUUAAGACUUAUCUACAAAGAUGCACGGGUGUUGCGGCUAAGAUACGAAAGAGAGACCCCCGCCAAUCAGUAAACCCCCGUAAGACAAAGAGACUAGCCAGCCAAUCUAUUUUGCAGCCAAGGGGUGUCCGAUCGAAGUUAGCUACGGCUUUCACACCACAAGACUAA